CGCUCGUGCUUUCGAAACACCAUGAUGGCAGACUAACAUGCAGCGACAAUCGUUCCAAGCAUGCCACCUAUGACAAGUCCGGCCGACCUGGUGCGCAAAGCGAUAGCGACUGCAUCGUCAUGCGCUCCAACCACCAGCACCACUCUGCAGGCCCUUCUAGCAUCUGCCCAAGACCCAACUGCGAAGCCUACAAAGACCCCAGCAAAGACAACAACCCGCAGGCCUGCGCCGACAAGGACGACUCGAACUAAGACGACCCCCAAUGCUGCUCCGGAUGCGACCACGACCUUGACGGUGUUGGAGCGCUACAAACUCGCCACAGAAGUCGUCAAUGUCUCGUUGAAAGUCUUGACUGAUGCGACCAAGACAAGCCCAUCCUCUCCCUCGCUGUCGCCGAAGCCUAAGAAGACAGCCUUGUCUGGCCUGACAACCGUCGCUGAGUGCGCCCGUAUCGCUUUUGCCCAUCUUCGCUCUGCUCGAUCUGCCACAGAUGAGUCCCUACAACUGGAGAAGGGCAUGCUUGCCUUGUCCUCGAAGCUCGUCGCUCUUGGGAUGGAUACUUUGGCUAUGAAAGAGUUGCGCAUGCUCAAAGCAUGUCUACACAAAAGGUCUGAAGGAGCCAACCUUCCAUCCACCUCGGAGAAGGAAACCCUAGCAACACUGUUGAGUCUCGAAUGUCGCACUGUCCAUGUAGACGUCAUGUCGUUGGCCAUUUCCUACCACCUGACUGUCUUGCGACUGAUUGCCAACUCCGGUCCACCUGCGACUAUCGAGGCUUCACUGCCUCAUCUGCUGCUCGACAACGACAUCUCUCCAGCCUCGCUGAUAUUGCGUUGUGCAGAGCAGACAAAAGACAGAACCAAGGCUGCAACACAAUUGGAUACUGUGUCAAAACUCAUGUUGUCCAUGUGUCCAUCUCCAUCUGCGUCGGUGGACCAUGAUGCUCAAAGCUUCAAGACAUGCGCCUCUCCACAUACUGUAUUUCAGCUACAGAGCACGGCGCUUCUUAUACAAAAGAAGUGGUGGCCUCUGGCUGGUCACAAGGCAGAUCUAUCUAAAGAACUUCAUGAGCCACUUGUUCGCUUUCUCGAUGCUUACCGAAGGCGUGUUGGCAAUGAGGGCCUUCACGCGUACAACGAGGCUGUCAAUGCUGUGGCCGCGCUUGUCGAUUUGGACCAAAAGAAGGCUUCCGUUACCAACGCGCUUCCGAUUGCUCUGUACAGAUCUCUCAGUGCCCUCGCCGAGUCGUUCGGCAUGCAAGACGAAGCUUUGAGAUAUACCGAGUCCAUGUCCCUGGCAUCAGACAGCACUACAAAUUCUAGCUCAAUGCUACUCUUUAGAAUUCGCUCUUUGGCUCUGGGUCUUCAUCGCGACGCUCAUCUCGAUUCGAUUUCGAUGCGCAAUCAGCUAAAAUUCUGCAGUUCUGCGCUGAAGGACGACAGACCAACUACGUUGUCAAUGGAUGACCUACUAGUGGAGUUGACUAAGCUGCGCAAGAUCACCAUCAAACUAUUGACGCCUGAUCUCGAUCGGCAGACCACGACAGAGAUAGAUCAACAACUAUCUACUUUGUGUGAAAUCGCUUGUCUAUGCACUACCAUCCUUCUCUGGUGCGUCAAAGGUACUGAUAGCAAAGAACGUGCCGAUGUUACUUCAAAACUGGUCAGUCCUUUUGUUAGCUCCAGCAUCUACGCUUGUAAAUCCUUGGUUUCGUCUCAUGAUCAUAUCGAGGUGAUCCUGGAUAAUCUCGAAGUCUGUACACAAUUGAUAGACCUCCAGUCCGAUUCAGAAGCGGAACACCUCGUGGUCAACAUCUCCAAUCUGCUUUGGCGUUGUUUCCAACUCUUGAACACUGCAUCCGAAGAGCCGUCGGUUCUGGCUAUACGAUGCCUCCAAGCAUCGGUGGACGUUCUGCGGAAUCGCAGUCCCGUAUAUCAAGAAGCUGGGUUCUUGGCAGCCAAAUUGGAGAAGUUAGGAAGCGUUUCCAAAUCCUGCUCCACAUUUGUCGAGUCCAUUCGAGUUCAGCUCCAAUCCGGUGUUUUGCGGGAUUUGAAUCAAGAAGCAAACCAGAAGCCGCUGUCAAUCAUCUUACAGACACAUUCAAAGGCACAGUUGUUGAAGCGACAUCUACACGAGUAUCAUACGAUUGCAGCCAAAGACAGCGAAAAUAUCAGUUUCUUCGACGAUGAAUCUAUGGACCGAUUGGAAAGAGCCGCCCUGCUCGAAAUUCAACUAGCACUCUUCGAGGAAGAUUUGUUCAAGCCGUCACAUCGUAGGAGGAUAACCACGGAUCUACAACAAUUAUGCAAUCGAAUCUUGGAGAUAUAUGAUGCAAACGCCUACCCACUUCGGCAAGCUCGUGUGUGCGCCCGUGUACUCCGAUACUCAAAUGAAUUCCCAGGCCUGAUUGGCGAGAAAACCAAGGAGAUCGCAAUGACCAGUCAGAUUGUGGAUGGUUCCUUGGGUCAAGAUCAUGGUUUAGAACCAUAUGCGGUCUAUCUGAGGACGUCUCUGUCAUUGACACAAGCUUUCCAGGCUAGAGAAGCUUCUGUUGAAGACAUUGCAAAAUGGACAAAAGCGCUAACACUCUUGUCAGAAUCAACCACAGAUUGGAAGUCAAUUGUGGCCAGAGUCGAUGAUGUUGAUAUCUUAGUAUCAGAGUUACAAUUCGCGGCUUCUUUUCUGGCCAUGAAAGGCAAAGACGGUUCCUGUCUUGAAGCACUUCAAGCACUUUCUCACAUACAUCAUUUACGGCCCACUCCCGAGCGGUCAUCUAUUCUGCAUACCUCAUCUCAGCUUGCUCUGCAGUACUUGCGACUUGGCUACUCGACUGAAGCAUGUCGGAUUAUCGACAGCGAAGAGUCUUUGUCAAGCGUACCGGAUGUUCCGGUCUUAGCAAGACUCGAAUGGCAUCUUGCAAAAACAGAGACAUUGACGGCUCUUGGACGAAUCGGUCCAGCAACAAAGUCCAUGAUAUCUGCUACCGAGUGUAUGCGUUCAUUUCCUGCUGUAGACCAUACUACCAAGCUACAUGCUCAAGUACUCCGAGCGCAAUUUGCCUUUGUCUGUUCUUUGUACUCCAGAAGCAUAGGUCAAGUAAAACAGGCUAUGGUCCACGCAAAGCGCUACGUCUCAGCGUGCCAGGGAACUCUGUCGUUCUUGGAGGCCCAGUAUGCUCCUCAAGCUGAGCGUUCUGCAUCUCUCACGGUCACAUUCCAAGAAGAACUUGUCACGGCGGUUGAUAAACUCGCCAUCUCGGACACUGGAUCCGAGACUACAUCAGAAACAGUCCCCACUACUCGACAAGGCGCCGGGUUCUCGCUGAUUAUACCUCAUCUAUUGAGCAGCUUUCUGCAUCUUUCAGACAUGUAUGCUCACCAGGGUCUGCGCCCCGAAGCCAUGUACUACUUAGACCAAGCGGACAAUCUGCUCUCCAGAGUGGGUGUGCCUGAGCUGCGCACUAGAGUGUUGGUACAAAGGCAAGCUCAAGCAUACAUCGAAGGCAUUGAGUCUGACAAUCUCAUUGACGAGGAUGAGUUUGUUGAUUCUAUUGACCUAGUGAAGUUGGGGAUUACCCGGGGUAACAUCUAUGCAAUUGAUGAAGAGACCUGGGAAGCUGCUCAGCAGGAGUAUGAAAAAGCCGGAUCAAUGGCGUCUCGACUGGCGUCCAAGAGCUUUGUUGACAAGCUUGAGCCGGCCAAAUCACAAUCGGACAAGGCUCCAGUCACCAAUACCACCGCUCCCCGGAUUACCAAACGUGCUGCAACCAAAGGUCCCGCGGUCAAGGCUUCUCUGAUCAAAGCGGUCAAGCCAACAAGCACGAAAUUCAAAGCUACCGCUCAUGCUGCCGUAUCUAACCAGGACAAUGUACCUUUGUCAAGCCUUUGCGCUGCAGCACUAAGGCAGCGUGGCCUCCUUUUACUCAAUCAGGGUGAGACUGAUCUUGGUCUUGAGCUACUGAAACGGGCCGACUCAAUGAAGUACGACUCAACGCAAGAGGUCCUACAACAGUUGGCAAUGGCAGAGGGACUGCUUCGCAAAUUUGGGGAUGAGCUAGCGCUAGACUUCACCUUCAACGUCUUGCCUGAGUCAACUAUCUCCUUGCCUGCGUUAUCAACUAGCACUGGUAAGAAGAUAUCGACGCAAGUCUCGCUUCCUUCGAGCUCUUUGUCUCCCUCGACUACUACUACCCCAAAGAAAGUUAACCGCCAAAAACGCGCCGACGACGAGUUCGCACAAUUCCUUUGCGAAGCACAGGAACGUCUUGUCGCUAUUCAACGUCGAUCCGCAACCACAGCUGGCAUGUCAGUUUUUCAUCAGUUGUGUGGACUUGGUUCAAAGGCCAUGCUCCUCCUUUCUGCUAUCAAUGCAAGUUUGUCUUUGUCUGGGGCUUUGCAUCCUACGCGUGCCGCUUGCUCUAUCGAGAUGUCUCGUAUCGAAGCAGCUUCCCGAGAAAUGUGUACAGUCGAGGCUGAGAAAGACUUUACCAACCAUGAUCUUGCCAUCCAAUAUGCGGCGCAAGAUCUCAACGGCCAUCUGUCUGCAGCAAGAUUCCAGAGAGAAUACGUUGAUAUCAUCCCCAGCAGUUGGACCGCUGUAUCUUUGACGUUGAGCGAAGACCACAAUGAGCUGUAUAUCGUGCGAUACCGAGCAAAUCAGGCACCUUUCUUGUUACGCCUACCGAUGACGCGGAACAAGAUGCAAGAUAUCGAAGGCGAUGAGGAGUCUCCAACCUUUGACUUUGAGUCUGGUAAGGCUGAGCUGCAAGAGAUCAUCGAGCUCUCGAAUUACACAUGCAGCAAGCCACCCAGUGCUAUGACACCAGAAGCAAAGCAUAGCUGGUGGGAAGAGAGAGAAGCACUUGACCUCCGCAUGCAGGAACUGAUAAUCAACAUCGAGAGUAUCUGGCUUGGUGGCUUCAAGGGUGUGCUAUCUCAGCAUCGUAAAGACUCGGCCCUACUGGCUCGGUUCAGAAAGUCGCUAGAUGGAAUUUUGGACCGACAUUUGCCUUCGAGACAAGGGACUAAAAGCAAAGCGAAAAAGCUUGUGCUGGAUGCCAACAUCGUCGAGCUGUUCGUUGGUCUUGGUGAUGAUCAUGAUGGCGAAGUCGACAUGGACGAACAAGUGCUGGACCUUCUCUACUUUGUCAUCGACAUCCUUCAAUUCAAUGGCGAACGAAAUGCCUACGAUGAAGUUGAUUUCGAUGUCAUGGCUACCGAGACCAUGGAUGCUUUGAGAUCUUAUCACGAAGCAGCCAACUUCAAUGAAGCCGAUCAAAACCACUUGAUCCUCAUCUUGGACCGGAGGCUACAUGCCUUCCCUUGGGAAAGUAUGCCUUGCCUGCAAAACGUCAGUGUAAGCAGAGUUGGAAGUAUGCUCACUCUACGGGAGCGCAUUCUUGCUAUGCGUCGUCAAAUGAAGGACAACACUUUGGAGAGGUACUUUGUUAACAAGCAAUCUGGAGCAUCCAUCCUCAAUCCUUCUGGAGAUCUGUCUAGAACACAGACCACCAUGGCACCACUACUUGAUUCCUUGACGAAGGCCUCUGGUUCAGCCUGGCAGUCUAUCAACAAUCGCGCACCAACAGAGAAGGAAUUCGCAACCGCUCUGUCGGAGAAAAAUAUGAUGCUCUACUUUGGUCACGGCAGCGGGAGUCAAUAUAUCUGCAAACGCACAAUCAAGAAACUCGACAAGUGUGCAGAGGUAGUUUGGUUGAUGGGCUGUUCGAGCGGCAGCGUGACCGAGUACGGCGACUUCGAACCCACAAGCGUACCACUUAGCUAUCUCAUCGCUGGCAAGCGACUCGAAGACAUCAACACAGACGAUGAAGCCAAGCCCCACCGUAACGACAACAGAGAAGGUCUCUGCAUGGCCGUCGUCGCCACACUCUGGGACGUCACAGACAAAGAUAUCGAUCGCUUCUCCGUAAAGCUAGGCGAACAAUGGGGUCUUUGGUCCUCUGCGCCUGCUGUCUCGUCCAGAGAACUCGCACCGCCAAAGACGCCUCGCAAGAGAGGAAGAUCUGUGCCCAAGACACCUUCGAAAACGCCAUCGCGCACACCCGGUGGUAGAAGCAGAAGUCGUCUGGUUAUGAGAGAUGAAGAGGGGGAUAGGAAGAACAGUCUUGCGGGGGCCGUCAUGUUGAGUCGAGAUGCGUGUACUUUGAGAUAUCUGAAUGGUGCGGCAACGGUUGUUUAUGGUGUUCCGGUUUACUUGGGUUAGAUUUGCAUUGGAGGGCGUUUGCGCUGGGAUGAUUGGCUUCGCAAUGGGGACUGCAUACCAGUUGUUUAAUCAUCGUUCACGCAUUGUGAAUCACUACGAAAUUUCGACCGAACCACUGUUUUUUAUGGUAGAUGUCGCAAAUAUCGAAGUACCUCAGUUGUCACAUCAUGGACUUGCACUGGC